AUGUUACCGGUCUCGCGCCCCGACAGCCAGAUGAGUUAUAACUACAUCCCCACCUCCCAACCCUUGUCGGGUUCCUCGACAGGGCGGAGUUCGCCCAGCGACCUGCCCGGGUCUGGCGCCUCCAAAUCACCCUUCGGACCGUCCGGCUCGAUCGGUUCUGCGAGGCUUGGGGCUGGAUCCCCUUCCCAUGAACUGGGAACUCGUCUAUACCCGAAGCGUGCCCGUGAGAUUCAGGCUCAGGAAGGUGUCUCUCCUAGCAUUUGGGGUCCUCCGACCAGUGGCCACUCAACCCCACUUCGCGAAAACAUCCCCGAAUCGCCCAGCCAGGAUAGCUUCCCCGACUUGAUCCCGACUACCAAUGGGCAAAUGUCUGGCUCUGGACGCCGAGCACGAGCAGGCACCGUCCCUUCCCGCUUUCCUCCCAUGACCACACUCAACGAGAUGGAGCUUCAACAGCCCCCGUUUAGACCCCCAGGUGUAUCUGGUAUUGAUCCUGGCGUUCAAGUCCCGACCUCUGCCGGCGCGCCCAACCCGGCCAUGAUUUCACGUCUUCGAGCUGGCUCGAUGCCCCAGCGGAGCAGUCUUCUGGGUGGAGGCGGUCCUUUUGGUCCGUCCUUGUUCUCCACGAACUGGUCGACUGGUCGUGAACGAGCCACCACCUUGACCAGCAUUCGAUCAUCCGAGGGCCCGACCUCGCCAAGCCAGUCAUCUUUCUCGAGAGACGGGCUGACUGACUCGGAUGUGAAGACCCUAGAUUACUUGGGUCUCGCCGAGACUCCCCAGCAGGCGAGGGCGACUCUUGCGCGACCAUCGAUGGAGGCUCUUAUGCAACAGCAACAGCAGCAGCAGCAAGCAUCUGCUCUGCCGCCGCUCCUGGCUGAGCUGGCGAUGAUGAAGAAUAAUAAUCGAUUCCGAUCAUACUCAGUGAACGCGAAGGAAAAGUACGCUGAUGACGAGGACCUGGAGUAUGAGAGCCGUUACUCUCAACUUCCUUCGGGCACACUUACCCCCUCUGCCGCUGCGACGGCUGCCCAACUUGCUGCCACUCAGGCGCAAAUCCACCAACACAACUUGGCCGUGCAGGCCUUUACUAGCCACGCGAGUAUUAGUAGACCUCGUGCUCGUACUGCCGGUAUUUUGGAGGCUCCCCCUCAACGAGCAUCUAUCCGAAACUACCUUGCGACUCCCUCCCGCCUUGGUGACAACCCCUUCAGUGCUGCCGAUCUCCCUAUCUCAGAGAAUGGCGAAUACGAUGAACUAUCUGAUGCGGUUCAAAUGAUGCGCCUUGGGGCUGGUGGCCCCGGCGUCGGUGUCCGCCCAGGCGAGAUGGCCGAUGAGAACAACCAGGACGGCCCGACUCGUGCCCUGUGGAUUGGAAGUAUCCCUGUUUCAACGACGGUGACCUCUCUCGAGGCAAUUUUUGGCAUGUACGGGAAGAUCGAGUCCACCCGUGUGCUCACUCACAAGAACUGCGGUUUUGUCAACUUUGAGCGUAUAGAAAGCGCUGUUCAGGCCAAGUCGCUUCUCAAUGGCAAGGAAAUCUUCCCAGGUGCCGGCCCUGUUCGAAUUGGUUACGCCAAGGUCCCCGGUGCUUCUGCUACUGGAACCCCUGGUGCCAACGGCAUCCAGUCAUCUCCCACUCCCGACCCAACCUUUAAAUCCAAGCUUGGUUCCGAUAACAUCGACCAGGCGAACAACAUCGGCACCGUGCCCCACAUUGCUGACCUUUCUGAGCUUUUGCCCGAGAUGUUGGAGAUGGUCAAGGAAUUUGGAGCUAGUGAUGAUGACACCCUGAACAUUACCAACAGCAUCCAGAAGGCUAUUGCGUUCCAGGCUUUCGAGGAUGAGAUCCCACCAAUUCCAGAGCCCAGCCAGACUCGCAUGUUUGAUGCACCUCGCCUACGCGAUAUUCGCAAGCGCAUUGACAAUGGCGCUUGCUCGAUCCAAGAGAUCGAAGAAACUGCCGGCGCGAUGCUGCCAGAGAUUGCCGAGUUGGCCUCUGAUUACCUUGGUAACACCGUCGUUCAGAAGCUUUUCGAAUUCUGCUCCGAGACUACCAAGGAGCAGAUGUUGACGCAGAUCUCUCAUCAUCUUGCAGAAAUUGGUGUCCACAAGAACGGAACUUGGGCUGCGCAGAAGAUCAUCGAUGUUGCAAAGAGUCCGGCUCAGAUGAACAUGAUUGUGGAUGCUCUCCGUCCUUAUUGUCUCCCGCUUUUCUUGGAUCAGUACGGGAACUACGUGCUGCAAUGCUGCCUGCGAUUUGGCACCCCGUUCAACGAUUUUAUUUUUGAGGCCAUGCUGAGCCGCAUGUGGGAGGUUUCCCAGGGUCGCUUUGGUGCCCGCGCGAUGCGGGCCUGCCUGGAAAGUCACCAUGCCUCAAAGGAUCAACAACGAACACUUGCCGCUGCUAUUGCUCUCCACAGCGUCCAGUUGGCUACCAACGCCAACGGCGCUCUGCUCCUCACCUGGUUCCUUGAUACCUGUACCUUCCCUCGUCGUCGUACUGUUCUUGCACCCAUACUUGUUCCUCACCUGGUGCACCUGUGCACUCACAAGGUUGCUUACCUCACUGUUCUCAAAGUUAUCAACCAGCGGAACGAGGCUGAGGCCCGGGAUAUUGUCCUCAAGGCCCUUUUCUUCAGCCCUGGUGACGAAGUCUUGGAACAGAUCUUGAGCGACCAGACCUCUGGCGCUACUCUGAUCUUCAAGGUUUUGACGACUCCAUUCUUUGACGAGUCCAUGCGCGCGGAAGUGGUCAAGAAUGUCUCUAAGGUUUUGACCAAAUUGAAGGCUUCCCCAAGCCAGGGGUACAAGCGCUUGAUGGACGAGGUGGGUCUCUCCUCUCGUGGCAGCGGACGUGAGCACCAUAGCCGUGACCACGGCGCCAGCCACUCCUCCACCCCCGAGAAGUCGCAGCACCGUCAGUCUUCUCGACACGGCAGCCAAAACUUCCCCUCCCAGCCGACUUUGGAGCGACAAUACAGUGGACAAUUCCCUACUGGCAUGCUUGGCCAAGAUGGCUCUCGCCCAAUGUCCUCUGAUCAGAACAACGGCCCGCCACUUGAUCCGUAUGCUAGCAACGGCAUGAAUGGGUUUGGAAACUCUCUCAACGGCCUCGGUGGUGUUAACGGCGGUUUCCCGCAAGACCCCAACCUCUCUCUCUCCCAGCAGCAACAACAGCUUCAGUACCAAAGCUACAUUGCUGCGCAAGCUGGGGUGUAUCUCCCGGUGGAAUGUGGAUCACCUUCUGUCGAGAACCUGCGUUCGCUGCAGACUCAACAGGCCCAAUUAUCUGCGGCUCCGGGCCAGAUGAACCCCGGCGGUCCUAUUCUCGGCCAGUCAAAUUAUGCCCCGCAGCAGUUCAGCCCGGUUGUCAACCCAGCCCAGAUGUACCAAUAUCCUCCCCAGUAUUACGCCCAGGCACAGCCAGUGCAGGGGCAGUCUGGUGGAGGCCGACGUGGUCGGCGCUGA